AUGGCUAAAAAGUUUUGUGUCGCAGAUCGAUUUAACGAAGCCAAGAAGUCUGCGGGCAGAGACUUUCUAAAUGGCUUUUUCCAACGACAUCCUGAUCUACCUAUUAGAAAGCCAGAAGCGACAAGCAUCAAUAGAAUACUUGGAUUCAAUAAAGUCGAAGUGGAUCGAUUCUUUGAAAAUCUGGAGAAUGGCAUGACCAAAUACCACUUUCCGCCAUGUCAUGUUUACAAUAUGGAUGAGACAGGCGUAACGACGGUCCAGGAAACAGAAAAAAUUAUAGCGCCUAGGGGACAAAAACGAGUUGGAUCACUCACAUCAUGGGAAAGAGGUAAAAACGUCACGGCUCUCUGUGCUAUGAGUGCUUCAGGAUCCUUCAUCCCGCCUCUUUUUAUUUUCCCUCGACAACGUCACUCACCGCAGCUAGAAAAAAAUGGUCCACCAGGGGCUGUUUAUACAUGUUCUCAUAACGGUUGGACAAAUGAAAGCAUAUACAUUAAAUGGCUGCGACAUUUCAUUGAGCACUCAAAACCCACUGCUGAACAACCUGUUUUGCUGAUUAUGGACAACCACAACAGCCAUUGUACUUUAGAAGCUUGGAAAGUGGCUAAAACAAACAAUGUCGUAAUGCUUUCCAUUCCACCACAUUCAUCACAUACAGCCUCUGGAUGUGACUUUUUUUGGGCCGCUUAA